AUGAGGAUUUCAUGGACAUCAGCCAUUAGAAGCUCUCUGGUUGCCUCAAUUCUGUUUGCGCUGCCAAGCUCCGCAAUAUGGCCCUUCCCUCCGAAGCGGUUCAGCGGCAACGGACUACUCACCGCGGGUCCCAUGGGUGUGGAACCAGACAUGACAGUGAUUGCGUUCGCAGACUUCAAUGGCGAUCAAUUCUUGGACCUCUUGACGCUAGGAGCGGACCACCAGACAUUGUAUGUCUACCUAUGGAAUCAUGAUAAAUACACAUUUCAGAAGGCGACGUCUUUUCGACAUCCGCAAAAGGUGUACAAUGUCGUACCUGGAGACUUCACGCAGGACGGGAGGCUGGACUUGCUCGUAUACAGCCAGUCUUCCAAGUCUGGUGAAUUGUCGAUACAGCUAUACCCUGGUCAACCGAAGGGAGGCUUCAGCCUUCCAUCUGUGUCCGCACCCUCAUCUGUGCUCGCACAACCUAUACCCGCCGAUAUCAGCGGAGACCUCAAGAUCGACCUAUUUGGAAUCACCUCACCACCGUCAUCAUCAUCACCUUUCAAGAUCUGGCAAAACGUAUGGAACCAAACGGAUCCUCAGUCCAGCAUCUUCAAUGUCGUUACUCCCAAGUUCCCCGGGUCACAGUGCACUCUCGCGAACCCGCACAGCAAUGCUGCUGUUGAUCUUAACGGAGAUUGCUUGGCAGAUCUUUUCCUGGUCUGCCAGGAUAGCUCCUCGAACGCGAGAUUCUUCCAGAUUUGGAUCAAUGAUAAGGAUAACGGGUUUGUCAAGGCACAGCAGGGCAGCCUCCCAUCUGGCACGCAGACGAUCUCUUUUGCCGACAUCGAUAGGGAUGGGACUCUCGACAUGUUGUUUUCGACGUGCUCCUCAGUCUCGUCUUCUACUGGCAUCGGGUCAACAUGUUCGAUCAACAUCGCGUACAACAAGCAGCUUCCCUUGUGCACGCAAUCCUCCGGUCCGAGCGUAGUGAAUGGGAAGCGUGUCUGCCGUCCCCCGACAGACCUGUGCACUGCCGAUCCCAAUUUCAGCUUCGAUCUUCGCGAGAACCCUGACAACGAUGCGUUCGUUCGCAUUCCCCUGUCCGAUAUAUUCCCGCCAACGAAGGACUCCCCGACGUCGCCGGGGCUGUUGGUCAUGGACACGACCCAGGAUCCGCCCAUCCCUGUGCCGAUCAAGCUGGGAGACGUGAACCAGGACGGCUUCCCUGAUUUGGUAGCGAUCCUUGCGACGGGAAGCGGGUCGCACCGGCCGCGCACGCCGAACAUGGUCAUGUCUGUGCCAUGUGCUAAGGGUGUCGCAGGCUGCUCUGGGAACGGGGUCGGCAGGAGAGGAUGGCAGGUCUUGAAGAAGGAUGUAGACCCGCUGCUCAACGUUCAGGAUGCGCGGAGUGUCGCCCUCCUGGACAUGGACGAAGACGGCACGCUGGAUGUCAUGGUGCAGCGUACGGGAGAACAAGGGCAGGGGAACGUCCUGUUCGUGCAGAACAACUUCUACUACGACGCGUUCUUCCUGAAGGCCAUCGUCUUGAACGGAGCGUGCAGCAGCGGGACGUGCCCCGCUAGCAACGGUGUCGACAAGUAUCAUCCCUACGGCGUGAGCUACUCCGGAGCCACGUACAAGUACACAGUCCUGGACACGUCGGGUCAGCGUUCCGCCGCCCAAGUCGGACAAAUGCCGCAGGCUGCGUACCAGUCCCUGCUGACGCCAUACGUAUACUUCGGGCUCGGCCGCACGAACAACUACAUUGAGAAUCUGUUCGUAGGAUCAACGAAGCAUACCGAGCAGCACUAUAUCAACAUGGAGGGCGUCAUUCCGAACUCGAAGGUCGUCAUCAUCCCCCCAGCAGAGGGUGAUUUGUGGAGACGAGAGCUGUACCUGCGGCCUGGAGAAUGGAUUCCUUGGGUGACAGUGACCGUUGUGGCGUCGCUGAUUCUCCUUGCCAUCAUUGUUCUUGUACUUCAUUUGAACGAGAAGAGGGAAGACGAGCUCGAGCGGAGACGAGCAUCACAUCACAUCAACUUCGACGCGCUAUAG